AUGCGGCCUCUUACGUACGAGGAAGUCCGGCUGGGCACCCAGUCCCAGUUGGGCUGUGGUGCCAGCCUUGUUGGCAAGAAUUCGCUUUCCGCGGCUUUGCGGAUCCCCCGUCUGCUCCUGACUCCGAGCCAGUCUCCUCUGCCUUGCCCUGCGACUGGACUUGGUCUAAGUCGUGUGGAUUUUGCUCCCGUUCCCGGCCUGGCGCUGGCUGCGUUGCCGGAAUGGCUUAAGUCCCAAGCACAGGGGCUUGAGCCUAUGUUUCGAAAGGCCAACCGUGCUUGUAAGGUUGGCGGCGAUGCCAGCCUCUCCGAUCUUGGGGAGUGGCUCCCUCUCUCCCGGCCCCUUCUACCUCCGUCAACGACGACGAAGAGGAUUUCAGCUCGGGUUUCGACCGACGCACAAUCACCCCCCGUGAUUGUGGUCAGUCCGAUGGUGGACGGGCGACCUCCGGCGGUCGUAUCGUAUACUCUGAAAACUUUGUCACAGAAAAUACAACUUCCAGAAGUAGUGAUGUUGGCGGACGCCAAGGUUGGUAAAGUUAUUGGGAGCUUCGAGAGCGAGCCCACACCCAAGCCCGUAGGAAAUGCGUCUCUCAAGGAUGAUAUACACGCUCGUCGAAUCAAGGAAGGCGCACCACGAGCCGGUUGUUUACAAGUCUUGAAUCAGCCAGAUUUCACUCUACGACAGCUUGUCGAGAUCCCCACAGAAGCAAUCAAUCAAGACGCCGCUUUACCCGGAAUCGGCAAACAAGUGCCUCCCCAUUUCAAAACGUCAGCAAAGCCGCCUACCUAUGGGAUCGGAAGCCUCCAUUACGCUACGGGUCGCCAGAUUGUGUCUGAGCCAAUCACUCCUGCGAAGGAAACUUCUACACUCAAGGACUACAGCUUCCGAUCGCUAUCUCUCGCCCCUCGCGUCCGGAAGAGACAAACAGAGUAG